AUGUCGUCCAGCGUCCCGGGGGCCAUGGGGGGGCCUCCCGGCGGGCGGGUUCCUCUCCAGGAACCAGGCCACGGCCCGCAGGGCGCCCAGCUGGGUGACGUCGGCGUCGGUUCCUGGGCACAGGGCCUGUGGGUCUCCCAGCCCAGCUCCGUGCAGGGCACCGAGGGCGGCUCCGUCACCCUGCCCUGCGCCUACAACAGCACCCGGGAGCCCAGGCUGGGCAGCUACACCUGGGUGAAGGAAGUGGCGGGCACCUGGCUGGAGCUGAGCAACGAGACCCAGGAGUUCAGGGGCCGGGUGAGCCGGGCCCGGGACCGGAGCUUCCUGCGGGAGAGGAGAGCCGACGUGGAGCUGCGGGACCUGAGACCCUACGACACCGGGACCUACCGCUGCCUGGUGAAGAUCCCCACCGUGGGAGAGGGGGCGGGGAACGGGACGUGGCUCCAGGUGCUGAAACUGGGCCCCGGCCCCGGAGCUGAGCUACGCCGAGCUGAGGGUGAAGCUGGGUCGGCGCCCGCGCCCGCGGGCGAAAUCGUCACGUACGCCGCCAUCGGUGGCAGCCUCCGGGGCUAG